GCGAUCCGACGGGGCCGCCGCCUCCGCGGCCGCCUGCUCUCGACAGCGACGUCGACUCGUCGAUGCGGGGGCGGAGACCUAGAAAUGCCGCCCUCCGGCCCCGCUUCCUCCCCAAAUCCGGCAUUGGCGAGCUUCCGCAAUCCCCGAAAAGUUGUGACAGGUCGCAAUGGCCGUCCCAAGAAGGUCUUUGGAUGGCAGGUUGUUCUGGGUGCUGGGUCUUGUUUGUGCCAUGUAUCAGAUAUUUUUUGUUCGGUCAGCAGCGGGUCAAACAGCACAGUUGAGUGUGAAUGCUUCACCUCAGAAUACUCAGAUGAUUCCUGAGAAUAUGUUUGGCAUCUUUUUCGAGGAGAUUAACCAUGCCGGGGCUGGUGGGUUGUGGGCCGAACUUGUAAAUAAUAGAGGUUUUGAAGCUGGUGGUCCUAAUACUCCUUCAAACAUUGACCCAUGGUUGAUAAUUGGAGAUGAAUUGAACAUUAUUGUUGCAACCGACCGCUCAUCCUGUUUUGCAACUAAUCCAAUCGCACUUCGGAUGGAAGUACUUUGUGAAUCUAGUGGAAAUGAUGUCUGCCCACCAGGAGGUGUCGGUAUUUAUAAUCCUGGCUUCUGGGGCAUGAAUAUUGAGGAAGCGAAGGUUUAUAAAGUCAGCAUGUACAUCAGGUCAUCAGACUCCAUGGAUCUAACAGUUUCCUUGACAAGUUCAGAUGGUCUUCAGAAUCUAGCUGCUUAUACCAUCACGGCUGAUAAGGAAGAUUUUAAAGAGUGGGCGAAGGUUGAGUUUGAUCUGCAAUCAAGUGAAAGAAAUUCUAACUCAAGGCUUCAGCUUACAACCAGAACAAGUGGCAUUGUUUGGUUUGAUCAAGUAUCACUUAUGCCAUCUGAUACUUACAUGGGGCAUGGUUAUCGUAAAGAUCUUGCGUCUAUGCUGGCAAAUCUAAAGCCUAAAUUUUUGAAAUUCCCAGGUGGAAACUAUGUCAUGGGAAACUACCUGUUAAAUGCAUUUCGCUGGAGUGAAACUGUUGGACCCUGGGAGGAGAGACCUGGUCAUUUUAAUGAUGUUUGGGGCUACUGGACUGAUGAUGGACUUGGAUUCUUUGAGUUCCUUCAAUUAGCAGAAGACCUUGGUGCUUGCCCAGUUUGGGUGGUCAAUGAUGGGGCUAGCCGAAAUGAACAAGUGCCAUCUGCCACAAUAGCUGCUUUUGUAAAGGAUGUUGUUGAUGGUAUUGAGUUUGCGAGGGGAGACCCUGGGACUUCAUGGGGUUCAGUUCGUGCAGCAAUGGGACACCCAGAGCCCUUUCAGCUUAAUUAUAUUUCUAUGGGAAAUCAGGAAUGCUCAAUGCACUACUAUAAAGAGAAUUACCGCAAGUUCUAUUCUGCAAUAAAAGCAUCCUACCCAGAUAUCAAAAUCAUAUCCAGCUGUGAUAGAUCUACCAUUUCACCGGUCGAACCUGCUGAUCUGUAUGAUGUUCAUGUCUAUACCUCAUCUGGUGAUAUGUUUUCCAAAUCUAGCAUGUUUGACAGCACACCCCGAGGCGGACCGAAGGCAAUUGUUAGUGAAUAUGCUGUGACUGGAAAUGAUGCUGGCCGAGGAACACUAGUAGCUGCUUUAGCUGAAGCUGCAUUUCUUAUUGGAUUAGAAAGAAACAGCGACGCUGUAGAAAUGGCAAGUUGUGCUCCACUCUUCGUAAAUGACAAUGAUCGCAGGUGGAGUCCAGAUGCCAUAGUCUUCAACUCAUGGCAGCACUAUGGAUGUCCAAACUACUGGAUGUUACACUUCUUCAAGGAGUCAAGUGGUGCAGCACUUCAUCCAUCUACCAUUCAAGUAUCGAACUAUAAUCAACUGGUCGCAUCGGCUAUCACUUGGCAGAAUUCUAAAGAUGGCAAUACUUACCUAAAAAUAAAGGUUCUCAAUUUCGGCAACAAGGCUGUAGAUCUUAGUAUCUCCAUAACUGGGCUGGAGAAUGAGAUUCAGACAUUUGGAUCCAUAAAGACGGUACUUACAUCUGGUUCUCUACGGGAUGAGAACUCCUUCCAGCAACCAGACAAGGUGGUGCCGGUGGAAAGUCCGAUAAGCAAUGCGAGGGAGGAGAUGAGUCUUGUACUGGAUCCGUACUCCCUCACCUCGUUUGAUCUCCUCUUGGACCCGAGCAAUAGCACGAUGAUGCAUUCAGUCCCGGAGUCAAGCUUGCAUUCAAGUAUGUGAAUACAGAAAGGAAUGUGAUAGACGAGAGAGCCGUCUCCCAAUGCAAAACAUGAAUUUGGAUUAAACAUAAACUUAAUAUGGCCGUGUGUGGAUGUAUGCAUAAAGACAUAGGUGAAAGGGCAAGUGACUAUGAUUAUAGAUAUGGUUCAGACUCUAAAGCUUAUGAACAUAUCCUCCGUCA